GCGGGUCGCGCACAACGACGUCUGGGGAACGCGCGCGCCUCCGCCGGGCCAGGCCGAGCGUCACUGCUGCUGGUGGCGUCUGAGGCUGAAGGCUUGGCGAGGAGGGUUUGCGGCGGCGUGUCGGGCUGUUGGUAUCGUGGCUGCCGAGGCCACCCGCUCCUGGUCAUGAGAGAAGAAAGAGUCCUGAAGCAGAGACAUCUUAGAGAAAAACUAUUUCAGGGCCAUGCAAGCCAGCUGUAGUCAACUGCAUGAUCCUCCAGGCACCGCAAGUGAUGAUGCUCCAGCCUCCCAGUGUGUUCACCCGUCAAGAUCGACAGAAGGGUCUUCUUUUCAUCCUGGAGACAUACAUAUCCAAAUAAACUCCGGACCUAAAGAGCAUCCUGAAAAUCCGAGCUCUAGAAAUACAAGGUCAGGUGCCUGCAGCUGUGCCCACGGGUGUGCACAUACUCGCUUCCGGAGUCACUCCCACAGUGAAGCAAGGCCUCCUGAGGACUUUGCCACAGAAUCUGGAGAACAUGGAAGUGGCUCCUUCUCAGAGUUCCGCUAUCUCUUCAAGUGGCUGCAAAAAAGUCUUCCUUAUAUUUUGAUUCUGGGUAUUAAACUUGUUAUGCAGCAUAUAACAGGAAUUUCUCUUGGAAUUGGGCUGCUAACAACUUUUAUGUAUGCAAACAAAAGCAUUGUAAAUCAGGUUUUUCUAAGAGAACGGUCAUCAAAGAUUCAGUGUGCUUGGUUACUGGUGUUUCUGGCAGGUUCUUCUAUUCUUUUAUAUUACACCUUUCAUUCUGAAUCACUUUAUUACAGCUUAAUUUUCUUAAAUCCUACACUGGAUCAGUUGAGCUUUUGGGAAGUUCUUUGGAUUGUUGGAAUUACAGACUUCAUUCUAAAAUUCUUCUUCAUGGGUUUAAAAUGCCUAAUUUUAUUGGUGCCUUCUUUCAUCAUGCCUUUUAAAUCAAAGGGUUAUUGGUACAUGCUUUUAGAAGAAUUAUGUCAGUGUUACCGAAUUUUUGUCCCCAUACCAGUUUGGUUUCGAUACCUUAUAAGCUAUGGGGAGUUUGGUAAUGUAACUAGAUGGAGUCUUGGGAUAUUGCUGGCUUUACUCUACCUCAUACUAAAACUUUUGGACUUUUUUGGACACUUGAGAACUUUCAGACAGGUUUUGCGAGUAUUUUUUACACGACCAAGUUAUGGAGUGCCUGCUAGCAAGAGACAGUGUUCAGAUGCGGAUGGUAUUUGUUCAAUAUGUCAAGCUGAAUUUCAGAAGCCAGUUCUUCUCAUUUGUCAGCAUAUAUUCUGUGAAGAAUGCAUUACCUUAUGGUUUAACAGAGAGAAAACUUGUCCACUGUGCAGAACUGUGAUUUCAGAUCGUAUAAACAAAUGGAAAGAUGGAGCCACUUCAUUGCACCUUCAGAUAUACUAAGUUGUACAAACUGUUAUGGCCACAAAACAUUAAUUUUAUCUGGUUAUGGUAACUAUUGAUAAAGGCAUGAUAAUUGAUUUCCAGGAGUAGAAAAAAAUGUGUCCAGAUGGUUUUAAGGUAUUAAGAGACAUGUUUGUAGUUCAAUUUCUUAAAGAUUAAGUGCAAGAGCCAUGUGUUUUUGAAGUAUAUAUUAAACUUAAAAAGUAUACAAAUUUAUUCCACUUAUUUGACAGAUAAUUGCAGUGUUAAAUUAGAAAUGGUUUUUCUUGUUAAUAAUACCAAAACAGCAAUUAGCAACUAGAACUAGCCACUUUAAAGGGGUGCAGGUACUAUUUCCUGACAUGGUUUUCAGAGUAAAGAUUUUGCCUAUUUUAAGAUACAUAGUAUCUGAAACAAUUUUCUUCAUCAGACUUUUAUAAUCCCCAUUCUAAAAAUGCUUAAAUUUUUCAUAAAAUUGUAUUUUUCAAUGAAAGUUCUAAAUGCUAUAUUUUACCUAUAACAAUCACAUUUUCUAAGUGAAGAUUUAUUGAUGAUAUAUUUUAAUACUGUAUUAUGCUUUAUGACAAGCAAUCAGUGAGAAUAAAUGAUUUAGAUUCAAUCACUUUGUGGACCUCAUAUAUGUGCUUCUUGCCGUCACCUGUACUGUUCAGUUUUGUGUUGACCUCUGACCUCUACACACAUGCACAUACACAAUAGUAUUUUAAAGAAUGGUUGUAAUGUAGUGACAUGUACCUUUAAUAACAGGACUUAGGAGGCAGGGGCAGGAAGAUCUCUGAGCACCAAAGAGAGAGAGAUACUACUAUAUUUUAUAAACUGGUAACUUCUGGGCUGGCAGACUAGCUCAGUAGAUAGAGAUGCUUGCCACCAAACCCAAUGAACUGACUUCUCUUGUCUUCUGACAUUCACAUGCAUGCAGUGGCCACAAACCUAUGUGUAAUAACUUUUUUUAGAGGUAACUUCAGUUGGAGAAUUUCUGUACACCUUAGCGUGAUAUGAAGGCUUCAGGGAUGGUAAGUUACCACCCGAAGUGGUUACCAUAUACUAGACAUUAUAUUUGCUACAUUUGAGCACUACAUUAUUUUGUGUGUGAACAUUACAUUGUCAAAGGUAGCUAUGAGGUGUAAGUAAGCAAACUAUUGAUUAUUAAUAUACAAAAAGUAUUCCCAUGAUUUUUAUGUGAAGUUAGAUUCCACAUAGCUUGCUGCAUAUUUUUAAAAGGAAAGAAUUCAAGUGUAUUCAAAAUAACAAAGAUGUUUAACAUUUACUACAUAAAGUCAACACUAAAAUUUGUUAUAUAUUUAAUAGCUCUAAUUUCUCAGGAGAAAGUUUUAUAACUAAUUGUUUCAUACAAAAGUAGUUUAUUAAAUAUGAGACCAUGAACAUAUCUAACAUGUUAAUGAAAAAUAUACACCUGGUAUGUAUACUAUAGUAAAUAUGUAUACUUUUUCUCUCAGGUAAUAAAAAAACACUUCUAUUUUAUGUUCAUUCAAAUUUGCAUUUAAUUUCUAUUUACAUUCAUUCAAUCUGAAAUCAAAUAUCUUAAUACAGUAAACUAAAUACAAGAUGAAAAGCAGAAAAGGUGUUGCCCUUAUAGCACUCGUAAUAAGGCAGCUGAAGAACUAUUUAAUAGAUGCAAAGCCAACUUGGGGUAGAAGCGAACACAGUUUAAAGAGCAAACACUGUCAGAAACCCAUCUUCCAGAUGCUUCUCCAGAGAAUCCAGGGAAAUAAUACUUGUGCUGUAGUGUUAAGAGUCACAUGAGAAAAGUACUGUAUUAAUCAGCAACAGACCACAGGUCCUACGUGAUGAAUAUUAUGACUGUUUUGUCCACCAGCUAUUAUCUGUCCCUACAACAAAGGCAGAUGUUUUGGGUAUUGACUCUUUUAGAUACCAACCAUUUUCAAAGCCUCAAAAUCCAUCCUUCAUAAAUUCAACAAUUCUCAUGGGAAUUAUCUUCAAUCUAGCCCUUGUAAGCUAGGAAAUACAACUAACUGAAUAGUUCUUAAAAGGUCCUAUAUUAAUUAUGAUAUCCAAGGCUCACGAUGUUAAUACUAAGAUGUUUUGUUUUUAAUUGUUAUCUAUAGUACAGAAUGUUGAAUUUAUGGAGUCUCACACAUGCAUCCUCCUUUCCCUAAAUCUCAAACUAUCUUCUAGCUCAAAAACAGUAUGGGAAAAAAAAAAAAAUCCUUGAAGUUAAGAUCAUAAAAGGGAAAGAAACAUAAUUUUCCUAAAGGUGUGGUUCAAGUUCAAUAAUUAAUACACUGUUAAUCACAGCUGGUUUAUAAAUCCCAGUUUAGUUAUUCUGUAACACUACAAACCUUAAAAAACAAAUUUAGUAAACUUCAGUUCAUUUUAAUUAAAAAAUGGCAUGUAGAAAAUAAAAAAAUAUCCUGUAAUAGCUGAUUUUAAAGAAAAUAAUCAGAUAAUAAAAGAAAAAGCACUUCAUCUUCUUUAUACACUUACCUGGUACAAGCAUGAACACCUCUCUUAUAAACUCAAACUAGUAUUAACAUAUACUUUAUGCUUCAGUUUUUACAAAUAAAUACAGAGUAGGCCAUAUUGCAUAGGCGUGUGCUUUCUGUCUGUGACACGCAUGUGACACCUGACAUGUUUUCACAGUCAUAGUAGGAAUAUCCAUUAUGAAACAGUUUCUCAAUCAACUUGUCACAGCAUGAGAAAUCAAUUUCACUUAAUGUUGUGAUAGAAAAGCUAUACAUUAUUGUGUAGAUGGAAGGUGUAUAAUUAAUGCUUUCUACGCAAAAAAGCUGCAGUACUUGCCACUAUUGCUGGCACUACUACAGUUAAACAGUUUAAUUAUGGGGCAGUCACAGUGCACAUAUAGCAACUAGGGCUGAGGAGGAACUGUUUGGUGUAAAAGUUUUAUGGAAUUUGGCCAGGCAGUCAACGCUAUAGUCAGUAAACACAUUUGGAAACAGAUAUCAGAGUAGUACAAGCCAUUUGCAGUCUGAAAUAAUUCCUAUAUGCAUCACCAUAGGUGGGGUUUUUGGGGGGAAGGGGAGUCUGUUUUUAAAGAUACCACAAACUAUCAAAAAACAAAGAACUUUACAAUUUCUGCCUUUAAUCAUCUCCGCAGCUCGUCGUUUACUGCUGCAGUCAGAGAUCCAGGAGGGAGAAUUAGAUGAUAUAAAGCGUCUCUGUCCAAAGAUGGAGUUAUCAAUUCUUUCAUUUACUGCCACAAUUGAAAGAUUGUAUUUCCAAUCAUCUGUCAUGACUUU